GCCAUGGCGACGCUGGGUGCACGCAGCCGCAACUCCGAAGUGCGUAUGAAGACAAGCUCGCGCUUCGGGUGGCCCUCGAUCUCACUCGCUAACUUGCAAAAUUCCUUCUCCAUCCCCCAUCGCAGCAGACCCAGCAUCAGAUUCAGCAGCAGCAUCAGACCAGCAGCAGAAGCGGUAGCUAUGGCGUCUACGGCUACGUUUGCAGCAGCUGCUGUGGCUUUGCCUUCUGCGGCCGCCUCCGCAAUCUCCUCUUCUCGCGUCGCUGUUUCGCGAGCUUCACCUUCCGUUGCUCAUUUGUCGACAUUCGAGGGGUUGAGGGCUGAUGGUGUGGUGAGAAGAUCCAACGCAGUGUGGCAAACUGCCAGCCAGACUUCGUCCACACCCAAUUACCCAAGGCUCUCUGUGAAGGCAGCUGCUGCAACCGAGGCCCCCCUGACUGCAACGAAGCAAAAAAUCCGCAUCAAGCUCCGCUCCUACUGGGUCAACUUGAUCGAGCAAGCCUGCCAGCAAAUUCUGGAAGCUGCACGCAACUCGGACGCCAAGACCAUGGGCCCCGUGCCUCUACCCACCAAGAAGAGGGUGUAUUGUGUGUUGAGAUCCCCUCAUGUCAACAAGGAUUCCCGGGAGCACUUCGAGAUCAGGACGCACAGGCGGCUCAUCGACCUCGAGAACCCCAAUGCGCAAACCAUCGAUGCUUUGAUGCAGCUGGACCUUCCGGCUGGUGUGGACGUCGAAGUCAAGCUCUCUUAAGCUGGUUAGAAAUCAAUUUUUGUUAUUUUUUAUCUCUUUUUUCAUGUGGGCUUAUGAUUCCCAGACGCUGUACACGCAUGCCCCUUCAUUUGCAUGCUCUGAGUGUACAACCCUUUCUCCGUAUAUUACCUUCGCCGAAGAAUGAUGCAAGUCAGUGAAACAAAUUCCUAUUUUUUAAGCUUUUCCUAAAUUUGCAUUUACGUUACAACUUCAGUUUUGGUUACCGUGUAGCUUAACAGGAAAGAAUGAAAAGAAAAGUAAUGGACUGUGUUCCAGUUUCAGCCUUUUUGUCA